AUGAGGCUCGCUCGUAAAAAUCCCAACCUUCAUGUCGUGCUACAAGUACAUAACUCAACCAGCUGCGCUACCGUUCCACAGCUACGUGCUUGCUUGGUUCGGUUAUCUGUUCGAUACAAAGGUAUAACACAGGAGAAAUCAGAUCCUAUUUUCAGCUGCUCCAACAGUAACGAAGUUCAUUCAGGGAAAUGCCUCGACGAAUACACAUAUUGCCGUGAGUUCUCGUCACUCUGCAUGGAUCCGACAUUCGGCGACGUAAUGGCCCGCCAUUGCACUCUUACAUGCAAGCGAUGUGAUGAUAUUGAAAUCAAAGAGGAGUAUGGCGCGGACUGCUUCGAUAUUACUCCCGACUGUCGCUCCCAUCUCGAGCUGUGCAAUCACUCCAAAUAUAGGCAACUGAUGAAGGAAUCGUGUGCAAAAUCAUGCAAACUUUGCCAACCAGCCUGCAAGGACAGGCACAAGAAUUGCCGUCAAUUCGUUGAAGAUGGUUUCUGUGAAGACAAAACGUACACGAUUGAAGAACAAAAGUACUUAUGCGGAUUUUCGUGCAACUUUUGUCAAUAA